UACUCUUAAAAUAGCGGAGAUGAUCUUCAAAACAUUGCUGAUGGCGACUUGUGCUUUAUCAACGAUACUCGCUUUUGACUCCAAGAAAAGCACCGAGGAUAUAUUUGCCGAAUGGUGGAGGCGUUCCGAUGAGGAUCACCCGGAGUGUUUCGAAUCGUCGGGUGUACUUCAAGAGGAAGUCGAAAAUUACUUCGUACACUUUCAGAUGAGUUCAAGGCGAAACUUUAAAUGCUAUCUUGAGUGCAUCUUCAAGGGUUUCAAGUUUGUUAAUAAGGACGGCACACUUAAUCAAACUGAGUUCGUUCAAUAUGCCGCCAAGGUAUCGAACGAGAUGUUCGACGCCUGUAAUUCGAAAGUCGCUAAAGAAACCGACGGGUGCGAGAUGGUAUAUCAGUUUGCAUAUUGCAUUGUACAUUAUGCCCACAUACAGGAAAGAUUUCAAACAAAGAUCUCAAAGAAAGAUCUCAACGGUCUCAAUGGUCUCCAAGAUCUCAAUGGCCUCCAAGAUCUCAAAGAUCUCAAAGAUAUCACAGAUCUCAAAGAUUUCAAAGAUCUAAAAGGUCUCAAAGAUCUAAAAGAUCUCAAAGAUCUCAAGAUCUCAAAGAUCUCAAAAUAUCUCAAGGAUCUCAAAGAUCUCAAAGAUCUCAAAGAUCUCAAAGAUUUCAAAGAUCUCAAAGUUGUCAAAGUUCUCAAAGUUCUCAAAGAUUACAAAGAUCUCAAAGAUCCCAAAGAUCUCAAGAUCUCAAGAUAUCAAAGAUCUCGAUCUCAAAGAAUCAAAUAA